UCGGAAACAGCAGCCCGAAAAACACUUCCCAGUGGCUUCAAUUACUAUCUUUAAAUCGUUACUAAGGAGUCGAGACCCGUUUUUACGAGGAAAGGAGUCUUCAGAGGAGGUAUUUCUAAUGAACACCUGGAAGAUGGGGUGCUGUGCUAAAGAAAAAAGAUUGCACCAUCUUACAUCAGAGAAUACAGAGUGGAUAGAACUGCAGAUAGAUCCUGACCAUCACCCAAGGAACAACUGCAGAACUGUGAGAAAACAUCCAGUCCCUUCACAGCAUUGCUGAACACAGAGAAGGCUGGGGAGUGAAACCACCCAUCUGGAAAUUAGUUGGGUCGGGGAGCUUUGACAUAUUAUCAGAUCUGAAACUGGUCAGUGGUAUGGAGCCUUCCAUCAGAACAACCUUGGUUCGGCUGUGGGUGAUCGGUCAGGGUGAGGCUGGGAAGAAGUGUGAGUGGGCUCCAAGUGUGAUGAGAGCUUCAAUCAUUCAUCGAGCCUCAUGAACUAUUGACAUAUCCUUAUGUGUGAGAGCCUAAUAGACUGUAAGAUGUGUGAGGAGGACUCCACAGGAUUGUAAGUUCUCCCAACACGCAGUGUGCACCUUUCUGUAACAACUUCAGUAGAAGAGUUGCAUCAUGGAACAGAAGCCAUUCAAGUGUGAGGUGUGUGAACGAGUCUUCACAAAAUCUUCAGCACUUGUGCAACAUCAACGAAUUCACACAGGAGAGAAACCAUUCACAUGUGAGGUGUGUGACAAAUCAUUCUCAAGUUCUUCAAACCUCCGUGUACACAAAUGCAUUUAUAAAGGAGCAAAUGUAUUCACCUGUAAGGUGUGUAACAAAUCAUUUUCACAGUCAUGGACGCUGCGUGUGCACCUGCGCAUUCACACAGGGGAGAAACCUUUCACAUGUGAUGUGUGCAACAAAUCAUUCUCACAGCCAUCCACCCUCCGUGAGCACCAACGCAUUCAUACAGGAGAGAAACCAUUCACAUGUGAAGUGUGUGAUAGAUCAUUCAGGCAGUCAUCAAGUUACCGUGCCCACCAACAAAUUCACACCGGGGAGAAACCACACAAAUGUGAGGUGUGUGGCAAAUCCUUCUCUCAGUUAACAAACCUCCGUGCACACCAACGCAUUCACACGGGGGAGGAAGCAGUUAAGUGUGAGGUGUGUGACAAAGUCUUCACACAGUUAAGAAGUCUCCUGCUACAUCAGACAACCCACACAGGGGAGAAACCCUUCAAGUGUGAGGCUUGUAAUAAAGGUUUUGCAACAUCCUCAACUCUCCUGAUACACCAGAGGAUUCACACAGGGGAGAAACCCUUCAAAUGUGAAAUUUGUGAGAUGGCGUUUUCUCAAACAUACCAUCUAUUGAGACACCAGAUGACUCACACAGGUGAAAAACCCUUUAAGUGUGAGGUGUGUAACCGAGCCUUCACACAGUCAUCAUCGCUGAUAAAGCACCAACGCAUUCACACUGGGGAGAAACCGUUCAAGUGUGAGAUGUGUGACAAAUCAUUCUCAGAUUCAUCACAUCUCCACAGACACCGGCGCACUCACACUGGGGAGAAACCUUUCACGUGUCAAGUGUGUAACAAAUCAUUCUUGAGAUCAUCAAACCUCCGUGCACACCAAUGCAUUCACACUGGGAAAAUGCCAUUCAAGUGUGAAGUGUGUGGCAAGGGCUUUGCAGAAUCAUCAGCCCUGCUGAAACACUGGCACAUCCACACAGGGGAGAAACCAUUCACGUGUGAGGUGUGUGACAAAUCAUUCUCACAGCUAGGAAACCUCUGUGUGCACAAAUACAUUCACAAAGUUGAGAAUCUCUCAUCAUGCUAAGUGUGCAAGAAAUCAUUCUCUGACUCAACAUCCUUCUGUACACACCAACAUACCUAGAGAGGAGACGCUGUUCUCCAGUGAGGUGAACAACAAUUCUUUUUGAGUUCCUCAGAUCCCAUAUUCCAUCAGGGGAAUCAACUCCAAGGAGGAAGUCUUCAAUUGUGAACUUCAUGUGGGAGAAAGCAGUUCUGUAAUUGCACAGAAGUAUUUUAUUGCACUGUGAAUAUUUAGAGUUUUUUAGAUAAUUUUUAGUUUCGGGAUUAAACUUUUUCGUUCAUUGGUUAAAAAGAUCAAAUAUCAUUGCAAAUGAUGGAAAAAUGUUUUGCUGCAGUUGUACCUGGCAUUGAUGAGGUGGCAAUAAUAUUGAUGGUCUUCCUUUAAAAAAAGGAUAUACUGUAACUGCAUUAGAAGCAGUUCAGAAAUGUUUGAUUUUACGUGAUUCCUGGGAUGAAUGGGUUAUCAUGCAAGGAAAGGUUAUACAGGUUUGGCCUGGAUCCAUUGGAGUUUUGAAGAAUAGGAGGCAAACUGCUUCAAACACACGUGAUUUUCAGGGCAUCCAACCGGGUGGAUGCUGAAAGAAUAUUUCUCCUGUGGGAAGAGAGCAGAACAAGUUACAAAUACAGGGUCGUCAGUCUUUGGAACUCUCUUCCUCAGGCAGCUUUGUUAAAUAUUUUUAAGCCAGAAAAAGAUCCUUUGACUGCUUCCUCAAUCAAUAAUCUAUUGGGGAGAGGCAAGAAAGUGGAGUUGAGGGCACAGGCAGAAUAACCAUGAUCUUAUUGAAUGUGCAGCAGACUUGAUGAAACAAGUGAUCUGCUCUUGCUCUGAAUUGUUAGGUUUGUAUGUAUGCUCAGAUAAAUAGAGAGAGCUUUGAAACAGCAUGCAGACUCAUUUAGCUGGAGACCCGGUAUGUGCAUUCCUUGCUGUCACGACAGUCCAGGGAAAUGUUUUCUAUAGCUAUAGCUAAAUUAGUUUAAAGAUAUUUAGUAGCCCUGAAAGGCUGUAAAAACACAUUUUCUUUGAAACAACUCCACAGAGGCUGGUAUCCUGUUAUCAAGUCACCCUUUAUAUGUGAACAGUCCUUGAUGAUCGUACUUCCUCUUACAGAAUCAGGCACCAGAGUGACAGUAUCUCUGACACUCCUUUUCCUUGGAGAGCCUACAGGGUUGUUUUAGCUUCAGGACAAAUUCCUCUGACUUGGCAUUCGACACAGGCAUCAUGUAAUACACAGGAGCUCGUUUUCUUUGUGCCAGGAGCACCUCACUCAGCAGCAAAAGCAUUGAGGUAGCUACUUCUCUGAUUCUGAAGACUCAACAAUGUUUGACAGAGAGGGUGAGUCCAGAGCAUUCCCAAAUGUUCUGAGAGGUAGGGCACAUUUUGUUCCCGGAUCAUUUGAGAGUUCAUGGCAUUCAUAUGAUUCAUAUGUUUAUUGAGGAUUGUCCCACCUACCCGAACAUUAUAUGUCACUAGUCCUGACCUUUUGUCAACCAUGCCUCUUACCCAUGUGGGGCAAUUUGCAUGAUAUUUGCAUCAAACUUUGGCUCCUGUAUUGAACUGUCUCUCUGAGUGGAGUCUUAGGUGGGGCAUUAGAGUUCCUGAUGUAGUAUCACCAUCCCCCCCAGAUCCAGGAAGAUCAGAUUGAACCUAGUGUAGAGUCUUCCACGCAUUAGCAACUCUGCCAGUGUAAUCCUUGUAGUUGCAUGACGGGUAGUCCUAUAAUCAAACAAGAACUGUGACAGCUUGGUAUCGAGUGAGGCUGUUUCUUCAAUCCAGCCCUCAUAGUUUGGACCAUUCUUUCUACCAGGCUAUUGGAUGAUGGGUGGUAAGAAUCUGCCCAUAUAUGCCAAAUUCCAUUUGACUUUAAGAAAUAACCAAAUUCUCUGCUGAUAAGUAAUGGCUCGUUAUCUGUGACCAAGACUUCAGGACUGUGUUCGUUGCAAAACAUGCGUGCAAUUUUUCUAUUGAUAUCCCAGUGUCUGAUGAAUGGAUGUUAUGCAUGUCUAACCCCUUUGAGUGGGUGUCUACUUGACUAAGAAUAUUGAACCCACUCAAAGGACCUGCACAGGUGAUAUGCAGUUGAGUCUAAGGUUUAUCUGGCUAUUCUCAUGACAUAGCUCUUACAAUAACUCUUUGUCAAAAUCUUCACUUUGGAGACUCCUGGAAGGCCCUGAUGAAGUUCAGCCAGUAUUCAACAGUGACCUUUGCUUGGGACAGUCACUGUUGCUCUCCAUAACAAUAUGGGGUCUCUCUGGAUCCAACAAGGUUUCACUUCUACUUGAAACAGCCUUUUGGUUUCCCCCAUUAAUACCAGUUGUUUCAGUUUGGAAGGGACUGCCUCCUUCAGUGUCUAAGAUCUGAUAUUGUUAGCUGUAUCUGGGGCAUAUCCAGAAAGUUUAAUAUCAUUACAGAUGCUUCCACUGGGAUUCCACUGGUAAUGUACCUGCUAAUGGGAGGCGGCUCAAUGUACAGAGGAACCUCGACUAUCCAAACAACAUGGCGGGGAGUAUUUUGUUGGGAUAAUCGAAUGCUAGAUAACACAGUUUAGCCAAGCAUUGGGACCUUGCAAUCUUGCCGGAUAAUCCGAAAUUUGAAUAAUCAAAUGCCGGAUAAUCAAAAUUCUACUGUAUUCGCUACUCAACUUCCCUGACAGUGUUUUAACUUAUUAGAAACACUUAGUGUUAGAGACUGCUGCCGAGUGCAGCCUGAAGCUAUGGAUGGCACAGUCUUGUCCUCUUUAAGUAGACCAAGUAGGGAUUCGUGAUUGUGAUUAACACAAAUUCUCCUCUAUAGAAGAAUUUCUUGACUCUAAAAUAUGACUGCCAAUACCUUCUUUUUCUAUUUGGGCAUAUUUAAGCUCUGCAUUAGCCAGGUCCUGGAUGCGUAAGCUAAUAGGUGGUCCUCUCCUUGGGCCACCUAUCAGCUGUUACCAUUCCAGUGCUAUAUGGGGAGGCAUUGCACAUAAUGCUGGAUCUUUCUUGGGAUCAUAGUGUGCCAACACCUCAGAUGAUGACAGCUGUUUCUUUACUUCACUGAAAGCUAGGGCUUGUCUAUCUGACCAUUUCCAAGGCUCAUCCUUUUUUUUAGCAGUUGAUGCAAAGAUGCAAGGGUGCAUCAGCUUAUGUCUGAAUUUUGCAUAAAAAUUUACCAGCCCAAGAAAUGACCAAAUCUCCUGGAUAGACAUGGGAGCUGGGGCACUUUUGAUCACCCUCACUUUUUCUUCCAACAAGUGUAACCUGGUCUUGUCAAGUCUGUAGCCCAAGUAAGUCACUUGGGGGAUUUGGAACACACAUUUUUCCCUUCUUAGGUGUAAACCUGCUGUGGAACAAUGCCUUAGUAAAUGUCCCUUGUCAGAUUUCCCUAUUAUCUAGGUAAAUGGUGACCUGAGGAUACCUUGCAAAAAUGUUCUCCAUCAUCCACUGAAAUUUGAACAGACUGAUAAUACCCCAAAUGGGAAUCUUGAAUAUUGGUUCAAGCUGUUAUGUUUAUUAAUUGGGAAUUUUGGUCUAAAUGCAAUUCAAGUAAAUGUGCCUCAUGUCCAGCUUCAUGAAGGAGACCACCACCCCUCCCAACUGCACCAGCUUUGCGUCUAAAUCCUCUAGCCGAGAGGUUGGGUAUUUAUCCAGCUGUAAGAAAAGGUUUACUGUUUGUUUAAAAUACCCACAAAAGCAAAUUGAACCAUCAGGCUUCAAAAUUGGUAAGAUUGGUAUUGCCCAUUCCAUGAAUUAGAAAAAUUUCAUGCUUCCUUCGCUUUUCAGUCUUCUGAUUCCUGCCUCUACUUUUUGCCAUAAGGCAAAUGGCACUGGUCAGAAUUGUUUCCUGGUCAACAUGCAAUCCCCAGCUCUUCCUGGAAGGCUUCUGGGUAUUUAAUUAGGACUUCACUCAGGUAGCAGUUUUCUAAUUGAAAAAUAUUGAGUCAAUCAAAGUGAAUAUCUCUUAUCCAAUUUUGCCCCACUAAGCUUAGGCCCGAGCCCUUUACUACAAUCACUGGUAACUGAGCCAACUACAUUUCAUAAGGGACCAGAACUGAAACUGUACCCUUAAUCUGUGACAGUUUGCCGGUGUAGGUUCUCAGUCCAGCUGAGUGAAAUGAUUGUAACAAGGUGAGCCAACUGGACCUUAUAGAAUAGGAGUACCCUGACUGUGGCUGUUAAUCUGGUCCAAUCAGGGAGGCCUGCUUGACAGAUGAAAAGGGGAGUGUCAGAGAUACUAAUACUCUGAUACCUGACUCUGAAGAGGCAGAACUAUAGUCAAAGGCUGUUCAUGUGUAAAUAAAGGAUUACCAGGCGACAGGAUACCUGCCUCUGUGGAAUUAUUUCACUGGAGUCUGGUGCAAAGUUAAGGGCUGGAAUCUAGAGAGCAUUUUAUUAAAAACUGAUAUGGCUGCGCUGGUAUGCACUGGAUGACCAUAUAACCAUUUCCCCUUCCCCCACCUCACCCCAGUUCCAAACUUCCAGCUCAGCACUGUUCCCAUGACUUGUCCGGACUU